AUGGAGCUGGCUAGGGAGCCAGCUAGGAUGGAAACUACGCAUUUGUUGCAGUUUCGAUUUGCAGGUGGGCUGGUGGCCUCCUCUGUCUCUGAUUCACACAAAAAUGCAGUCUCAGGCAUAGACUCCCUCCACGCUUACAUCCGCGUUAGUGUGCGGAUGCUGACCUUUUCCACUGCAUUACACAAAGAGGCGCCAAAGGCUCCACUUCUUAGCGUGAAAGAGGCAGUUGUCGAUCUUAAAUCAGCAACUGCCCAAAAAUCAAAGCCGUAUUAUAAGCCUAUUAAUUUCUCGCGCUGUCAUUGCACAGUUUCACGCCCAGGCUUGUACACGGGUGCGAAGCUCACCUCCCGCACGGAGGAGUGCGGGGGCCCUGGCCUGCGGCCGGCGCUGCGGGGCUGGGCGCUGCGGGGCUCGGGGCUGGGCGCUGCGGGGCUGGGCGCUGCGGGGCUCGGGGCUGGGCGCUGCGGGGCUGGGCGCUGCGGGGCUCGGGGCUGGGCGCUGCGGGGCUGGGCGCUGCGGGGCUCGGGGCUGGGCGCUGCGGGGCUGGGCGCUGCGGGGCUCGGGGCUGGGCGCUGCGGGGCUGGGCGCUGCGGGGCUCGGGGCUGGGCGCUGCGGGGCUGGGCGCUGCGGGGCUCGGGGCUGGGCGCUGCGGGGCUGGGCGCUGCGGGGCUCGGGGCUGGGCGCUGCGGGGCUGGGCGCUGCGGGGCUCGGGGCUGGGCGCUGCGGGGCUGGGCGCUGCGGGGCUCGGGGCUGGGCGCUGCGGGGCUGGGCGCUGCGGGGCUCGGGGCUGGGCGCUGCGGGGCUGGGCGCUGCGGGGCUCGGGGCUGGGCGCUGCGGGGCUGGGCGCUGCGGGGCUCGGGGCUGGGCGCUGCGGGGCUGGGCGCUGCGGGGCUCGGGGAUGCGGAGCUCGGGGCUGCGGAGCUCGGGGCUGCGGGGCUGGGCGCUGCGGAGCUGCGGGGCUCGCCCGGCCCGCGCCGCCGCCUCGCCCCCAAGCAGGAAGGCUCGGACGACGGCCCAGAUUUCCUCUCGGAGGAGGACCGAGGUCUUAGAGCAAUAAAUGUAGAUCUCCAGACUGAUGCUGCUCUGCAAGUGGAUAUCUCAGAUGCACUCAGUGAGAGGGAUAAAGUGAAAUUCACAGUCCAUACAAAGAGUUCCUUGCCAAAUUUCAAACAAAACGAAUUUUCUGUUGUCCGGCAACAUGAAGAGUUUAUUUGGCUUCAUGAUUCUUUUGUUGAGAAUGAGGACUAUGCUGGCUAUAUUAUUCCACCAGCACCACCCAGGCCUGACUUUGAUGCCUCCAGGGAGAAACUGCAGAAACUUGGAGAAGGGGAAGGAUCAAUGACUAAAGAAGAAUUCACCAAGAUGAAACAAGAACUGGAAGCUGAGUAUUUGGCAAUAUUCAAGAAGACAGUUGCAAUGCAUGAAGUGUUUUUGUGUCGUGUGGCAGCACAUCCUAUUUUGAGAAAGGACUUAAAUUUCCAUGUAUUCUUGGAAUAUAAUCAGGAUCUGAGUGUUCGUGGGAAAAAUAAGAAAGAGAAACUUGAAGACUUCUUCAAAAAUAUGGUUAAAUCAGCAGAUGGUGUCAUUGUUUCAGGAGUAAAGGAUGUGGAUGACUUCUUUGAACAUGAGAGAACAUUCCUUGUAGAAUAUCACAACCGAGUCAAAGAUGCCUCUGCCAAAUCUGAUAAAAUGACAAGAUCACAUAAAAAUGUGGCUGAUGACUAUAAUAGAAUUGGUUCUUCAUUAUAUGCGUUAGGAACGCAGGACUCCACAGAUAUCUGCAAGUUUUUUCUGAAGGUGUCAGAGUUAUUUGACAAAACAAGGAAAAUAGAGGCUCGGGUAUCUGCUGAUGAAGAUCUUAAACUUUCUGAUCUUCUGAAAUAUUACCUUAGGGAAUCUCAAGCUGCUAAGGAUCUCCUAUAUAGAAGAUCUAGGUCACUAGUGGAUUAUGAAAAUGCUAAUAAGGCAUUGGAUAAAGCAAGAGCAAAGAAUAAAGAUGUGCUGCAAGCUGAAACUACUCAGCAAAUAUGCUGUCAGAAAUUUGAGAAAAUUUCUGAAUCAGCAAAACAAGAACUGAUAGACUUUAAGACAAGAAGAGUUGCAGCAUUCAGAAAAAAUCUGGUGGAACUAGCAGAACUGGAAUUAAAGCAUGCUAAGGGUAACUUACAGCUUCUGCAGAGCUGCCUGGCAGUGUUAAAUGGUGACACAUAAGCUACGUUCCGUCCUCC